AUGUCUGAAGACCCGAAGAAGAUCAUAUCCGACGAUGUAGAGGCCGGCGAUCGAUUUCAUGGAGAGGCCACGACCAAACAUGAACACGACGACAACCCGAACCUCGACCACCAUGGCCUGGCGCAUCGCGUGCGCAACAGUAUGUCCGUUCAGACCCUCGACAAUGACACGAAGGAGGGUCAGAUCUUUUCGAUGAAUGACGUCGAUCCAGCUCUCGAUGCGAAAAUGAGGCUGGUCAACAAUGCCAUCGAUGAGAUCGGCUGGACAAACAUGCAUCUCAAGUUGUUCUUCUUGAACGGCUUCGGGUAUGCCGCUGACUCUCUGAUCCUACUCCUACAGUCUGUCACGGCAGGGCAAGCGGCGUUGGAGUUCCAGCCGAGUUUUUCAAAGGGACUUACCGUCGCCGCGUACACUGGCAUGCUGGUGGGAGCGUUGUUUUGGGGCCUGAGUGCCGAUGUGAUCGGAAGACGGUUCGCGUUCAAUGUAUCGCUCUUUACUUGUUCGGUCUUCGCCAUUUGCGCGGGUGCAGCUCCGAACUGGAUCGUCCUAGGCUUGUUCACCAGCCUCGCGGCGUUCGGAUCUGGAGGUAAUUUGAUCCUGGACACGACCGUGUUUUUGGAAUUCUUGCCUGGUGACAAGCAGUGGUUGCUUACUCUCAUGGCAUGUUGGUGGGGCCUUGCUCCAGUGGUUGCAGCGGCUUUUGCCUGGCCUUUCUUAUCCAUUGAUCGGUACUAUUGUAAAGAUGCAGCCACUUGCACUUACGAUAACAAUAUGGGAUGGCGAUAUGUCUGGUACUCGAAUGGGGCUUUGGUUUUUGUGCUCAGUAUCCUCCGAGUGACGGUCAUUCGACUCAAGGAAACACCCAAAUAUUUGCUCGCGAAAGGUCAGGACCAAGAGGUUGUGGACACGUUCAAGGCCAUUGCGACAAAGUACAACAGGCCAUGCUCCUUGACCAUUCACGAGCUCGAUGAAUGCGGUCCAAUCAAGUCGACUUAUGGCAAGACGAGGUAUGGGUUUUCGGAGUUCAUGGCACAUCUUCGAGGCUUGUUUGCGACGAAGAAGCUUGGGUUUUCGACCUUUUUGAUCUGGUUGUCUUGGACACUGAUCGGUCUUGCUUAUCCCCUGUUCUAUGUCUUUUUGCCUGAUUUCCUCAAGAGUAGAGGCGCCGACACCGGUGAAAGUAGCCCUUACUAUGUCUGGCGAGAUUAUAUGAUCACGAACGUCGUGGGAAUCUUCGGUCCUGUCGCCGCAGGAUUCAUGUGCAACUGGGAAUAUUUGGGUCGAAGAUAUACCAUGGUCAUCGGAGCGUUGCUGUCCAUGGCCUUCUUCUUUGCCUAUUCGGCGGUACGAACAGCAGCCCAAAACCUGGGAUUUACCUGUGCCAUUUACUUUACCGUCAACAUCUAUUAUGGUACGCUUUACGCGUACACUCCCGAGAGUCUCCCGUCCGCACAUCGUGCGACCGGAAACGGGAUUGCUGUCGGCUGCAACAGAGUCAUGGGCCUUAUCAGUGCAUUCGUCGCAACAUAUGCAAAUACUGCGACCAGUGCUCCCAUUUACAUCUGCGCUGCACUGUAUAUCGCAAUGGUGAUCGUGGCGAUCAUGAUGCCUUUUGAACCCUAUGGUAAACGAUCCAUGUGA